AUGUCGCGAAAUAAUAAGUUAACUGUUGCUGACAUAGUCGAUAUAUUGGAGAAUGAAGAAGAUAUUAUAAAUGCUUCUGUUUACAUUUGCCCUCCUGAAAAUCACAUGCUAAGUGAUGGUGACAGUGACGAAGACGACGCCGAAGCAGGAAACUUUAAUCAUCUCUCUGGAAAUCAGCUACGAGCUGAAGGGCACUUGCAAAUAGUUAGACAAGGUGGUGGUGGAUUGAGGCAUGAAUUUGUUGGGCGGAAAAAUCAGUCUGAUUCGGACGACAGUGAUGACAAUGUUUCUUUAUCUGAACUAAAAAUUGGGAAUCAAGCUCAAGUGAGAAAAUCAAAGAAAAAACCUCUGCCAUAUAGAGAGUGGGAGAACAAGGAUCUUCCAACGUAUGAGAGGCAAACUUGGACUGAACCUGACUUUCUCAACGACUCUCGGAGCCCUGUAGAGUGGUUUGAACUAUUUUAUGAUGACGAGUUAGUAGAAUUGAUAGUACUUAACUCGAAAAAGUAUGCCGUUUACGAGGGGAACGACCAGUUUGACGUAACGCGAGAAGAAAUGCGUCUUGUAAUUGCUAUAUUUUUGUUGAGUGGCUAUUGUUCCUAUGCAAGACAGCGAAUGUUUUGGGACACAGGUGCUGAUACAUAUCACCCUGGCGUUGCCAACUCUAUGACAAGAUUUCGGUUCGAGCAAAUUUUGAAAUAUAUGCACGUAAGCGACAAUACAUUAUUAGAUCAGGGAGAUAAGUUUACAAAGGUUCGCCCAUUGUGGAAUAAACUUAACGCAAGUUGGAUGAGAUAUUUUCCGCGCUUUACGAAUGUAAGUAUAGAUGAAUCCAUGGUACCGUAUUACGGCCACCAUAGCACAAAACAACAUAUCCAUGGAAAACCAAUCCGAUUUGGUUAUAAGAUUUGGUGCAUGGCAACUCGCCUAGGAUAUUUGAUUCAAGCUGAACCUUAUCAAGGAGCCUCCACCGGUAAUACUAAUCCCGAGCUAGGAGUUGCACUGAAGGAAUCUGGACAUCAGGGAACUGGCACUAUUCGAUCAAAUCGCGUCGAAAAAGCACCUUUGGAGUCACUUCAGCAUAAAAUCCAAACCGAGGGUAUCAUCAGAUUACUGAUAAGAAAUCAGGUAUUACGCUGGUUCGCUAUAAUCAGAUUAUUCAAAGAGGGUCGAGAACGCGUUACCGGUGAACCAUGUCCAGGACGGCCACCUGAUGAUCAAUAA